AGGAGGAGGAGGAGGAGGGGGGGGGGAGACGGAGAUCCGAGACCACAUAACGCACAUUGGGAUUCAAGAACCAAACGGAGAGAGGGGGAGAACCGGAUCCGCCGCCGCCGCUCCUGCCGCUGCCGCCGCCGCUGAAGGGCGAGGAAACAUGAAGACGCCGCACUGUGCAGCCGCGGCGGGAGCUUAUUAUUACCGGAGGUGAAACGGAAGAAAAUGAGCGAGGACACGCGCCCAGACGAUGACAGCUACAUUGUGCGCGUCAAAGCGGUGGUGAUGACCAGAGACGAUUCGAGUGGCGGCUGGUUGGCGCAGGACGGCUGCCUGAGCAGAGUGGGCGUGUGCAGGCUGCUGGCGAGCGAACUGCUGGGACGCAACGCCUUCCUCAUCCACGGAGAACGCCUCAAAGACAAGCAGGUGAUUCUUGAGUGUUUCUUGAAGAAGGAUCUGGUCUACACGAAGGCCACGCCGACGUUCCACCACUGGAGGGUGGACAACAGGAAGUGUGGGCUGACCUUCCAGAGCCCGUCUGACGCCAGAGCCUUCGACCGCGGGGUGAGGAAGGCCCUGGAGGACCUGACGGAAGGGUCGACCACGUCCUCAUCGACGCUGCAGAAUGAGGCGGAGCUCGGCGAUGACGACGUCUUCACGACGGCCACCGACAGCUCGUCCAACUCGUCCCAGAAGAGAGAGCCAUCGAUGCACACGCUGGCCCCGCCCAACUUCUGCGAGGCCCGUCGGCACCAUUGCAUCUUGGGACAUUUCUACGAGCACCACUGGCCCUCGGAUCACUACUUCCUGGACCAGGCGGUGCACAUGUUCCCUCGUCACGUCAGCUUCCAGGUGGAGGAGGAAGAGAUCGUACGCAUCAACCCCCGCGAGCGAACCUGGCUCACCGGCUAUGAGGACUACCGCCACGCCAACUCCACGCGUGACAAACUCUCCCAGCCCGACAACCUCGACGCCUACGUACACUUCGCCAAGAGCGAGCCGCCCAAACACGACUACACCUACCCGUACCCUCUGAGCUGCAACGUGCAGCGAGGCUGCGACGGCAAACCCGGCUGCCUGGAGCUGGGCAGCGGCCACAGAGCCGUGGUGACGGUGCAGCCGCGAGCCCUGCAGCCCAAAGGCAAGAGGCGGAAGGAGGACGGCGAGCGUUCUCGCUGCGUUUACUGUCAGGACAUGUUUAACCAUGAGGAUAACGGGCGGGGCCGCUGCCAGGAAGCACCUGACCCCAUACAGACCUGCAUCAGGCGGGUCAGCUUCAUGUGGUGCGCGGACAGCCUGCUCUAUCACUGCAUGUCGGACCCGGAGGGGGAUUACUCGGACCCCUGCUCCUGUGACACCAGCGACGAGCGCUUCUGUCUGCGCUGGACUGCCCUGGUGGGUCUGUCGUUGCUGGCACCCUGCAUGUGCUGCUACGCCCCCCUCAGGGCGUGCUACCGCUGCGGCGUGGCCUGCCGCUGCUGUGGCGGGAAACACAAAGCUGUGGGCUGAGGCGUCGCAGAGACCGCAAGGACUCAUGGGAAACGGAGGCCGCUGUGAUUUUGUUGUUGUUUGUCUCGUCUCCGAUUUCCAGAAGGAGAAGAAGAAGAACUUUGUCUGAUCGAAAGAAAAAGACUGAACAAAGAAUAUUAAUUUCUAUAUAAAAUUAUAUAUAUAUAGAUAUAUAUCUACAGUAUAUAUAAAUAUAUAUAUCUAUAUAUAUUUAACAGGUACUUUAUAUUUUUACACUCGUGUGUUUUAAAGGCUUGAAUAUGUCAUUUCUUCUGCGUUGUAUGAAUGUUGUCGUGUUUGUAGAGGAAACUGCAGCUCACUGACGCUGCAAAACAUUUCAUCUUAAAAACAUUUUAGUGUGCACACAAUCAUUUCAGAUGAUUUCAUCUUAAAGGGUUAGUUCAACAAGAUAAGACAGAGGUCUUUUUCUUUAGUAAGAUGAGAAUCAGGACGUAGUUAGCCUAGCUUAGCAUAAAGACUGGAAGCAGGGGGAACUGCUAGCCUGGCUCAAAAGUUCAACAUCUACCACUAAAGCUACAAAUGAACAUAUUAUAUAUUUUAUCUGUACACAAACAGAAAUGUAAAAGCAACAAUGGCCAGGCUAGCAGUUUCCCCCUGCUUCCAGUCUUUAUGCUAAGCUAGGCUAACUGUGUCCUGACUCCAGCUCCAGCUCUUGAGUUACAGUAGGAGUAGCUGCUGUUAAGCUGAAUGUUUUGCAGCUUUGGUUCCCUGACGUUCAGCAGAAGCACUUCAGCUGCUCACCUUCCAGCCAACCGAACACAUAAACCAGUUCGUCUGACCAGUAAAAUGGCAAAUAAUCCAGAAACACAACGACAAUUUUCCAGCAGGUGCAAAACUGUGACUCAGAAUUAAAUCCUGAAAAGUAAAGUUUCGUGCUGUUUGCAGUUACAAACAAAAAAAACCAACAUGAUUCAAUGGACCUCAUUGAAUCAUCUUCGCUGUUCUGGUCUCGCUGCUCCGUCUUUACUGGUUUUGGAGGUUUGUUUGAUGAAGUACAAAAACACCAGUAAGAGCAAAGCUGUGACAAAACACGGCUUCAGUUAUUAAGCUUAGUGUGUGUGUGUGUGUGUGUGUGUGUGUGUGUGUGUGUGUGUGUGUGUGUGUGUGUGUGUGUGUGUGUAUGUGUGUGUGUGUGUGUGUGUGUGUGUGUGUGUGUGUAUGUGUGUGUGUGUGUGUGGCUCAGUAUCAAAAAUAAUCUUUUUAUUGGUAUAAAUAUCGACACAAAGUCCAAAAUAGUGUCCAAAAAUAAAAUUGAACUCAAAUAUAAUCUUUAAUAAUUCCCUUGAUUUAAUUUCCAACAACAACAUUUUUAUUUAUUUUUUUAGAAAUGAUUAAAAAAUGUUUUAAACAAAAGGUAAAAGAAAGACGGUAAACAGAGCGUGCUCUCACUGCUCCUGAACAUUUUUACGAAAUGAGCACAAAAUCUGAAAAAAGCUUUAAAAAAGUUUCUUUUUUCAAAACAGGAAAUUAAACCUUUAAAUUAUGAAAGCAAUAAUUUAAUUUCCAGGAAAUGAUUUUGUAGUUUCAGGACGGAUAGCUCACUGUGUUUGGCUAUUGGCUAAACGAACGUAACAUUUUUUAUUAAAGCUUGUUUAUACCACUUUACGGUAACAUGUUCCGCCAUCGCUCGAUAAUUAAUCUUCAUAGUAAAGAAAUGCAUAAAAUCUUAAACCUCCAUUUUAAGACUUUGUGCUCAUUUCACAGAAUAAUGUGUGUUUAUGAACAGUGUGAGCUAAAGCGAAUGAAUAAGCUGCAGCAGUUCAGUGUGUGCAGGAAACAAAACCUCAGUCUUCAUCACUACACAGAAGAACAGAUGAUUCAGGAAGGCGGGAAACAGACAGUGUGCGUCUUGUCUUAACGCUACGUACAUAAAUCCUCUGAAUGUGGAGACGAACUCAAACAGUCGGACCGUUUGCUGUGAUGAAGCCGCUCCUGCACUUUGUGUUACUUCAGUUUGUGUCUUAAAGCUGCUGAACAUUUUCCAAGUGAUACCUUUCAUUUCUUUCCUCCGAGGCAGCGACUGGUCUCAGUUUUAUGAAAAUCAAUUCACAGAGACUUGAAACAUUGAUCUUUAUUUUAGCUAUAAGCUUUAUUUAUUACAUUUUUAAUUGUUUAUAUUAUAAACUUAAAUGUUCUUAUCAUCAUAUUGUCCAUUCAGGACCAUUUCUGUGGUGCAUUCAAUGUCAGUAAUCAGAGUCAGAACAUGACGGUAACAUGUUAUAAAGGAUGUGAUAGCUCUUUUUCAUCCAACGUUCAAACCUCACGUGUCCGAGUUGAAAACACACAAUACAGUUUUGUACUUAUCCAGACUCCUAAAGAAAACUCCUAAAAGAGUGUUACAGUCAAUCAAAGUGAACAUAACAUCUACAUUAAUGUGUGUCUGCGAUAUCGUAAUGUUACGUUUAAGACCAAAAACCUGCAGAGCUAAUGACGUUCCCAUCAGUGCUGAUUAGCUAAUGUUAGCAUGCUAGCACACUAAACUAAGGUGGUGAACAUGCUAAAUGUUAGCAUGUUAGCAUUUAGCUGAGUCUCACACAGCUCUAUAGUUCAAACAUAAAUGGAAAUUCAUGGAAUUUUAGAAAAUAUACGAUUUGCAGUAAAUAGGGAUAAAACAUCGGUCCUUUAAUCGCAGAAGAGGAAGAUUAAAAAAAUGAUCCAAAACUUCGAAGUUAAAGUCUUUUUAUAGACAUGUCCAGUUCAAAGCAGCGGUUGUCUGAAUGGUGUGAAAUUCUUAAAAUAACUGAUGAUUUGGAAGAUCGGUCGGCAGUGAUGAGAAACAUGAAACAUGAAACCUGAAACCUGAAACCUGAAACAUGAAACAUGAAUCAUGAAACCUGAAACAUGAAACAUGAAACAUGAAUCAUGAAACCUGAAACAUGAAACAUGAAUCAUGA